UUUUAUACCCUCAGUAUCAUUUUUAUUCCCAUACCUAAAUAUUUUGACCACAAUGUUCGUCUUGUUUUUUAUUCAACACAAUUUUAAUUGAAAAAUGCCUAUUAAAUGCAAAGGGAAUUGUGGUAAAAAUGCGGUACUUAAGCGUCCUAAAACAUCAGAUGCGCUCUGUAAGGAUUGCUUCUUUGCCGCAUUUGAAGCAGAAAUUCAUUACACGAUUAUAACCAACAAGUUGUUUAGACGUGGAGAAAAAGUGGCCGUGGCGGCCAGUGGUGGGAAAGACUCGACAGUUUUGGCAUAUGUACUAAAGUUGCUAAAUGAACGCCAUGAUUACGGGCUGCAGUUGGUGCUACUAUCCAUCGACGAAGGCAUAACUGGCUAUCGGGAUGACAGUUUGGAGACAGUCAAGCAAAAUCGUGAUGAUUAUGAAAUGCCUCUAAAGAUACUAUCAUAUGAUGAGCUAUAUGGAUGGACUAUGGAUCGUAUUGUUGCGCAAAUUGGACGUUCCAAUAAUUGUACUUUUUGUGGUGUUUUUCGUCGACAAGCAUUGGAUCGUGGCGCAAAACUACUUGAAGUAGAUAGUAUAGCUACAGGCCAUAAUGCAGAUGAUAUUGCCGAGACCGUAUUGAUGAAUAUUUUGCGAGGAGACACUGCUCGUUUAAGACGUUGUACAGAAAUACGCACCGGUGGCAGCGAAGAUACGAUACCUCGGGUCAAACCACUAAAGUAUGCUUACGAAAAGGAAAUUGUAAUGUAUGCUCAUUAUAAAAAGUUAGUGUACUUCUCAACUGAGUGCGUUUUUGCGCCAAAUGCAUAUCGAGGACAUGCGCGCGCAUAUUUAAAAGAUUUGGAAAGGGUGCGCCCAUCUGUUAUAAUGGACAUUAUUCAUUCAGGGGAGCAACUCAAAUUUAAAGACACUGUGAAAAAACCAGUUAGGGGUACAUGUGAACGUUGCGGAUUUGUUUCAUCUCAACAACCGUGCAAAGCAUGUAUUUUGUUAGAAGGAUUAAACCGCGGCCUACCCAAGUUAGGUAUUGGUAAGAAAUCCAAGGGCGAUCGAAUGAGGGCGAAACAAGAUACUGUACUAGCUUUGAGGGAGCGUGCAAAUUUGGUUAAAAAUGAUUUUUGAGAGCAAAUAAACAAAAAUUCAAUCAGCCCUAUUCUGUAUUUCAAUUACGUUCCCGCAUUCCGCUGCGCUACAAUCGUUAUUUAAUAUUCUGAGUUACGAUCGAAUCGAAAGAAAGAAGAAGAGGAAGACGGAACACAUCUCCGAAAUCAGAUGGUUGCCUAGGAAUGUGUGAAAUCCAAACAAAACAAAAGAAAUAAUUGCUACCAUACUAUAGCAGCUUACAGAGCUGGAUCGUUAUGAUUCUUAUAGGAAUUAAAUAUCACCCAAUUACAAAUUACAAGGAAUUGUAAUUAAGAAUCAAUUCCUUCAGUCCACAGCAAUGGAAUUGAUUACUUUCUCAAUUCCUUGAAGUC